UCAAUCAAACAAGUGUCACACUGUUGCUUCUCUAAAGCAAUGCAACUCUGAGCUCAUUUACGGACUGAGGAAGUGAAAUCGCUAGAGACGUAAGAUAUCAUUAACGAAAGCAAGAUUUGUCUUGUCGUUUCUAAAAAUUCCUAUGCGAUAUGGCAAAUAAAGCUAAUUGCAGCAGCAUCACCAAAGCGGUACACUUUGUUAGCUGGUUAGUUAACUCUGAAUUAAAUAAAAAUCACUACGACAGCACUGAUGAUGCCAUGAAUGAAAGUGGACUGAACGAGUGUGAAUUUAAUGCCUGCCUGCCUGAUCCGGAGAAACAAUACCACUUGCCCCGGAGCAGUCCUGUCAUAUCCCGCAAGAGGUGCAGCACAAAGCUAAAGGCAGAGAAACAGUCCUCUCCAUCUAAUCUGUGUUUGACACCUCCAGACUGUGAUAAAUCUGUUCUGUCCACCUCUCCAUUACUUACAGUAAUAUCAAACAAUUCAAAUUUAAAUCAAUUGGAUGAAAUCACUCAGUCAGAGAAACUAGAAGAAUCUUCAUCAAUGUUCAGCAAAGGUUUGUUAUCAGAUCAAAGCAAAGAUUCGUUCUGUAUCUCAGGUUACCUUGACGAUUCCUUAAAGGACUUUAUAGGACAGUCAAAAAUUCUUACAAAUAUCUUUGGUACGGGUAAAAUUUCACAUGCCUCUCAAGAGACUCAGCUUCUCAGUCACUCCUCUGGUGACCCCAAGUUUGAGGCCGCUUCUAGAAGGUUACGGAUUCAACUAAAUAAGGGUCUCCAAUCAGGACCAAAAAGAAGAGCCUGCUCUGACAUCCCCCUGGCAUCUGAUCAAAGAAUCUCAGAACAGGCUAGGAAACAUGGGUCAUAUAUUGAUGUACACUCCACUACAGACCUCUACAGAAACAAUUUGGAUCAGGAAAAUGCUCAUUUUGUGGUUGUGGAUAUGGUGCUCGAAGUGCUGGAGGCCGUAAAAUGGGCUGUGUGUCUGCAACAGCUCAAAAACACAAAUCCUGGCCAAGACAGAUAUGAAACACCCAACACUACACAGAUGGACUCAUUCUCCUCCGUUGACAUUGGAUUUGAGGACGAUAGCGCCCCCAAGGUAUAUUUAAACAGACAUCGCUUGGCUUCAUUUCAGGGCUCUCAGAGCUCCAGCGUGCCGCACUCUGCAGAAGAUUUAGCCCAUCACUUGGUAUCAGAGUUCAGGAAGCAGUGGUUCCCCUCUGAGCAACUGCAAAACCCUGACAACCUCAACAUAGCUCUACAGGAAUACUCUUACUCCACGACAGUAGGGGACAGGAUCAGUCUAACUGAAGAGAUCAGGCAGAAAAGUAGAAUGAGAGGAACAUUAACCUGGGCUCCACCCAGAUUUCAAAUCAUCUUCUGUGUCCAACCAACACACAGACGCAGUGAUGUCAUUGUUUCCCAACACUUCCUGUGUGCAGGCUGUGGCACUGAAGUAGAGCCUAGGUAUACAAAAAAACUGCGAUAUUGUGACUACCUGGGCAAAUACUUCUGUGAUGGUUGCCACAGUGGUGAGGAAUCAGUGAUUCCGGGUCGGGUUCUGUGGAACUGGGAUUUUGCACGGUAUCCAGUCUGCCAUUUCUCCAGACAGUUACUUGACUCCAUAUGGCAGCAACCCAUUUUCAAACUCCCAAGUGUGGGAAAGAACCUUUACAACCAGGCCAAAGAGUUACAGCGAUUCAGAGAUCUCCAGGAGCAACUCAUAUCAACCAAAAAGCUUCUAAGCACAUGCAGACUAUCAGCUGGAGUGCUUGCUGAGUUUGAACAGUUACCUGCUCACCUGAUGCAGGAACUCCACCUUUUCUCUAUGGAUGACUUCAUCAAGUUGAAGAAGGGUCAACUCUAUAUCACAGCCAAAGCUAUUUUUCAGUCUGCAACUGCACACAUAGACACUUGUGAGCUGUGUCAGGCAAAAGGUUUUAUCUGCGAGUUCUGUCACAGGAAGGAAGUGCUUUUCCCUUUCCAAAAAGACACCUGCACCCGUUGCCAAGAUUGCAGAACCUGUUUCCACAUGUCAUGUUUCCGUGAUGAAGUGUGUCCCAAAUGUGCCCGACUACAGAAAAGAAAAACGCUCCAGGAAGCCAUAUAUUGAAAUAAAACCUCAAUUGAAUGCAGCAUUUGUAAGCUAUAUGGACAAUUUUAGGUGUGUAUUGUUGUUUAACUGUUAAAUUACUUAUCAGAAUACUGGAAUUACAUCAUUUAUUGAAUUGUAUCUGUAAUUAGAGCUGAUGAUGUUUUAUUUUUAUUGAAUAGCAGAAGCUAAAAGUAUAAUUCCUGAGAAAAUCACUAAUUCUGGGCUUACUGAGCUUAAAUGUUUUUCUACAAUUUUUAAUUCAAAAAUAAAUCUGUAAUCUUU